AUGAGUGCUGCAAAGGUUGAAGAGGCAUCCAUGGGCAGGGUAAAGGCAGACCUCACUACCCUAGACUGCCUGCAAGAGGUAGAAAUGGGUAUAAAGCUCCAAAGAAAAUGUCUCAGAACUGUCUGCUCUGGGCCUCUUGCUAAGUCUUCCUGGUGCUAUAUAAUGAUGAUGGUGCUCAUUGUAGCUUUAAUUGUGGUUUUUGUUGUUUUGUUUUUGCCAGUGAAGAAAGUCAUUGAGCGUCAUGGACCCUGCUAUGACACCUGCCCAGGAAAAUGGAUUGGAUUUGGAAGAAAAUGUUUUUAUUUUUCUGAAGACAUGAGAAACUGGACAUUUAGCCGGAUCUCCUGUAUAACAUUAGAAGCCCAUCUAGCUCAAUUUGAGAGCCUGGAGGAGCUGGAUUUUCUGAGGACACAUAUGGGGCCUUUUAACCAUUGGAUCGGCUUGCACAGAGAAUCACAAGAGCAACCUUGGAGGUGGACAGACAACACUGAAUAUAACAAAAUAGUUCUCACCCGAGGAGAAGGAGAGUGUGGCUACCUGAGUGACAUCGGGAUCAGCAGUGCCAGAGAUUACACACAUAGAAAGUGGAUUUGUAGCAAGUCCAACAGAUCUACUGUACAGUGCCCAGAAAUUUUAAAUCAAGGAGAGUGA